UUUCAGUGUUUCAAUGCUUUAGGAGAUGAAGGCUUCCACAAGUCUUCUCUGCCCGUCAGUCAUCACACCAGCCGCCUCCCUAGGAUCCCUCAACAUGGCAUGGUGGCCCAUCAUGAAGCUCUGGAAGAAUGCUACCUUUGCUCUGAGUACAGACAUGCCCAGGGCCUGGAAGCAUUAGAGACGCAGGUUUUACCUCUGUAUCACGCUCACACACCAUAUCACCACCAUCAUCCACAUCAGUUUGUUCUUGGGAGGCCAGCCAGGCCUGAGGAGCCGCAUUCAGGCCACGACCGACGCAUUCAUCAUCACAGAUACAAUAAGAGGGUAACGCUGGUGAAGAACAGCGACCCCUCGUUCAGGAGGACCAUCAUCUUGCACCGCAGGGGUCUACGCAGUUUUGGGCUUUUCUUAGAGGAAGUUUCUGAGCUCAUGCAGUGCCACAUCAGGAAGCUCUACACUCUGGAGGGCAGCAAGGUUGACAAUGUUCAGAGUCUCAUGCAGUGCCCCAGUGUCCUUGUGUGUGUGGGACGUGAGCCUUCUCAUCCUUCCAUUGUGGAGAAUUUUAGGAAAACAUCUGAUGACAAACUUCCAAAGCUGAGUGUUAGGUCACGCUACCAUGGCUGCACUAGAGGACAUGAGGUGAAAUCAAAUAAUUCAACAAAAUCAAACAAAUUAAUAGUGGAUGAAAUUUCUGCUAUGGAAAGUUCUGACGUUCCUAAUGAAGGAAAUGGUGAAGACAAAUCAGUGAGAGCACCAAGUGCCAUGUCAGCAAAGUCAACUAUGUCAGUGAGAUCAAAAAAAUCAAAAGUCUCUGAUGUUACUGCUGAUGAAAAUACUAAGGAAAAGAUGGAGAGAACACUUAGCCCUGUGUCUACAAAAUCAAAUCGAUCUGAAAUGUUAAGCAGGUCUGAAGUCCCUUCUGUGACAGUUGAGGAAACUGAAGACAGAGCCCCUACACCCAUAUCAUCAAAGUCUAAGGUUUCAGCACGCUCAAAAAAGUCAACAACAUCUCUGGUUAAACAAAAGAAAAGUGAAGGGCGGCCACAAAGUUCUUUAUCUGUCAAGUCCAAUCUGUCCGUGAAAUCCAGAAAAUCCAAAAUAACUAAUAUUUUGACAGAUGAAGAUUUGGAAAAUAAAGAGGAAUUAAAAAUGUCCACAGCCAUUGAUGUUCCUGCUGAUGAGAAGACCAGUGAUUCUCCAAUAGAUGCAGGAGAAGUUGUGAAUCCUGAAGUCGAGAGUAAACCCACAUAUAGUAUGAAUGAGGAAGAGAAACAAGAAGGUACAAUUGAUAAGAGGAGUAGUCACUCUAAGACAAGCAAGUCAAGCAGGCAAGACACAAAAAAUGCAACUGCAGAGGUUAUUGCGAAAUCAAAAUCUGUUGCAAAUUCUGCAGCGUUAGAAACCUGUCAGAAUGCACAUCAACCAAAAAGAAAUAAACAUCAUGUGAUUUGUCACACAGAGUCAAAUGAAAGUGAUUUGUCACAGACUCUGUCCAGUUCAGAUAUUGUCAAAGAGAUGUGUGAGACUCAAACUACCGGCGAAUCAAACUCCAAUGUAUCUAAGAGGAUAACAAAAGGUCCACUGGAGUCUACAGGGAGUGAUAGAAGUGUCGGGGAUAACAAAAGUGACAAAAGAAGCAAAUGCAGACGGAAGACCACAGAAGAUGCUGAUGACCUUGAGCUGGUCCCAUCUAGGCUACCAAAUGCAUCCCCUACUGAGGUUGUAAACGAAUGGUUGAGAACCAUACCAACAGAUGGAAAUAUGUAUGGCAUGGAGGAACUCAAUGAAAACUGUGAUGGACAGAAAAAUGGCCACAAAACAGAGGAAAUUAAUAUAACGGAAGAUAGUGAAAAAAAUAAUGACUCUGCAGCUGAGAAUACAAAAGACACAAAUGAAGGAGUUGUACCAAACGCAGAUAAUACCCGUGCCGAGAGAGACAAUGCCUCAAAAAUAUUCCACUCUUCUGUACAGGUGAUGAAAGUACUUUUAAAUCCAAAGCCUGACAGAUGUAACAGUUUACCAGAAAUUUCUCCAGUGUAUGGACGUAAACUAAGCACUUCAGCUAGAGGUCUUUUGGAUUGCCUUGUGAAGUUGCAGCUAAUAGACCAUGAUCCUAAAAAUGCAAAUGAAAAGGAUGAAAGAUACCAAGAGCUAAUGAAUAUUCUUAAAUCUCUUUGGCUUUGUGAUCCUCAAGAAAAUGAACAUGUAUUAAAGAAGGAUGAUCACCAUUCGGUGGAUGAUGAGUUCAAUCAUACGUCAUCCUCUGGUGUGGAUGUCAACAGUGGCUCCACCGGCUCUGGGAAGAGUAGUGAUGGUGUCAAUGGGUUUGUGUCUCAACCGCAUACCAGUGCAGAUCUGUUAGGGAAGGUACAAGAAGACUGUGAAGGUGAAGCAGAAGCACAUGCUCAGUGGACAUCUGAGAGAGAUGUAGAAGGAAUGUAUGAGGAAAAACAAAAAGAGGAUGAUCCAGCAACAGAUGACACAAUCAGAAACAAUGAUAGUCCAAGAGAACUACCUGAAACACCAUCCUCCUCAAACAAGAGUUCAGAAAAUGACAGCAAUGGCCAAAAAGUGCCAGAGGAAGAUGAAGCAGAAUGUCAAGAGGACACCAGUUCUGGCAGUCCUCCCCUUACUCAAAGAGAAAAGAUAGCUAAAAGGAUUUCUCAAGAUCCUGAUCCUGUCUGGGUCUUAACCUUACUAACUAAAAUAAAAAAGCAGUUCAUGAAACAUUAUAUCAAUGCAAUGAAAGAGUUUAAAGUCCGAUGGAACUUGGAUGAUAAUGAGCAGCUUGACAUGAUGAUAAGUGAAGUUAAAACAGAGGUCCACAAAAGAAUCCAAACCAGUAUAGACAGAGAACUGAGGAAAAUUCAAGGUCGAGCAGGACUACCAAGACCUCCUAGAGAAGCAAUGUCCCGUGAUUCAACAACACAAAUGGAAGAGAGAAGACGGAGGUUGAAGAUUAUACUCAAACAAUCAGUUGAUCCAGAAGCAGAAAAAAGUGAUGAUUCAGCAACAGGCACAUCUUACAGUGACCAGCGCAGUGAAAAUGAUGAAUACUGUCCAUGUGAAACAUGCUCAAAGACAAAAAUGACAUCUAGGCCGCCACUUCCUGCAGAAGUUAUGAAUACUGCACCUGUUGUCAUGGACUUCGACCUAAAGAGGAUUCUGGUGAUGAAGAACGGUGAUCCUGGCAAUCCACAAGCAAUCAACUGCACAUCACACUCUGAAAAUGAUACUAGGAUAAAAUCAGCAGAGACACUUGUAGAAAAAGUUAUUGCCAAUGCUGUAAGAGAAGUGGAAUGGGUUGAAGCACACCAUAACAGAGAAGAUGACGUUGCAGUUGUAGCAGAUGAAAAAGAAGCAGAUGAUGUGUGUCACCAUCUAGGUCAAGAAGAUCAGUCUGAAAACAAUGAAGUAGAAGAAGUCGAUACCAUCAAAGAACUGGCUGAACAGACUGUUGCUGAAGAAACAGUAAAAGCCUCUCCUGCAGAUAAGGAUGAAAUAAGCAUAACAGAAAAUGAGAGUGCAGACAUAGGCACAGGUGAAGAUGAAUCCAUGGUAGAGAACGAAGAAAAGUCAGUAGAAGCUGAAGCAGCUAUUGCUGAAAAUGAAUACUUAGAAGAAGAGAGAGAGAAAGCAGACACAAUUGGAGAUAUAAUAGAGGAAGAGGCUAAUGAAUCUACCAAAGGUAGAGAUGAAAAUACAACAGAAGAGACUGCUGUGGUUAUGUCAACUGAACACCAAUCUGACAAAGAGGAGGCUUUGGAAGUGGGGGCAGUUGAAGAGAGAAAAGACACCACCACAGGGGAUGAAUUGCCAAAACAACCACACGAAGCAGAUGAAGAUGAGACUCUUAUAGUAAAAGAAAUUAUGAUCACGAGUGAAGAUGAGUCUAAGGAAGAGGCAGAAGAAAUUUCAGCCGAGGAGUGUAUUGUGGUAGCCACAACUAAACGCAUACCUGACAAAGAAGAAGCAAAGAAGGGAUGUUUGACAAUGCAGCAACUGAUGAAUGCAGAGAAUGAUGACACAGCCACAGCUGAAGAAUUGUCAAAGGAACCAGCAACUGAUGCAGAAAUGGAAGAUGAAAUUGCUGUAGAAAGAGAGACUGCUGUCUCAAGUGAGGAAGAGACUGCUGAAGCCACCACUGCUGAAGAUGAAAAUACAGCGGGAGAGGCUGAUGUGGCAGACACAACUAAAGAUGAAUCUGACAAAGAAGAAGCUGUGGAAGCAGAGAUGGUUGAUAAUGAAGAAGAGAUUCUUGCUAUUGGGGCAGAUGAUUCUGCAGAAAAAAACGACACAUCAGCUGAUGAAUCAGCAAAGGAACCAGAAAAAGGAGCAACAACUGAAGAUGAGACUGCUGUCAUAAUUGAAGAUGAACUUCAGGAGAAGGCGUCUGAAGCCAAUACCGCUGAAGAUAAAAAUGCAGCAGCAGAUACCACCAUGGAAGCAACUAGUGAAAAUGAAUCUGACAAAGAUGAGGCUGUGGAAGAAGGGACAGUCGAUGAUGAAGAGGAGAUCCCUGCCACCAGUGGGGAUGAAUCUGCAGAUGAGAACUAUGACACAGCCACAGCUGAUGAAUCAUCAAAAUAUCUGGCUGAAGAGGCAACAACAGAAGACGAGAUGGCUGGAGAAAGAGAGAUUUCUGUUACAGGCGAAGAUGAAUUAAAUGAGGAGACUGUUGAAGAUGAAAUUGCAGCAGAAGAGACUGCUGUGGCAGCCUUAACUGAACAUGCAUGUGACGAAGAUGAAGCUGUGGAAGCAGGGGCAGUUGAUCAUGAAGAACAGAUUGAUACCACCAGUGAAGAUGAACUGAAAGAAGAGGUUGCUGAAGCCACCACAGCUGAAGAUGAAAAUGCUGAAGAGAUCACUAUGGCAGUCACAAGUGAGCAUGAAUCUGACAAAGAAGAGGCUGUAGAAGAAGGAACAGGCAGUGAUGAGGAAAAGCUUGCCUCCACUAGUGCAGAUGAGUCUGCAGAUGAGAACAAUGACACAGUCACUGCUGGUGAUUUAUCAGAAGAACCAGCUGAAGAAGCAGAAACAGAAGAUGAGAUGGCUGUAGAAAAAGAAUUCACAAGUGAAGAUGAUUCACAGGAAGUGACUGCUGAAGAUGAAAUUCCAGAAGACGAGACUUCUGUGGCUGCCACAACUGAAAAUGCAUCUGACAAAGAAGAAGCUGUGGAAGCAGGGAUGGUAAUUGAUGGAGAAGAGUCUGCUGCCACCAGUGAUGAUGAUUCUGUAGAAGAUGCCACCAUAAAUGAAGAUGAAACCACCGAGGACAAUGACGCCACAGGUGAUGAAAUGUCAAAGGGACCAGCUGAAGCAGCAACAGCUGAAGAUGAGACUGCUACUGAAAAAGAGAUGGAUAUCAUAAGUGAAGAUGAAUCAAAGGAGCUUGCACAAACUAACAAAGUUGAAGAUGAAUAUCCUGCAAAAGAGUCUGAUGAGGCCCCCACAUCUGAAGAUGAAUCUGACAAGGAUGAGGCUGUGGAAGAAGAGAUGGUUGAUAAAGGAAAACAGGCAGCUAGCACUAAUGAUGAAGAUGAAACUGCAGACAAUGAUGAAGCAACAACAGCUGAAGAUGAAAGUGCUAUGGAAAAAGAUGCUUCUGUCACAAGUGAAGAUGAAGCUGAAGAUAACAGUGCAGCAGAAGAUGAUGAUAUUGCAUCUACAACUGAACAUGAAUCUGACAAGGAUGCAGCGUUGGAAGAAGAGAUUCCAGUCGCCAAUGCAGAUGGGUCUGAGUCAGAUGACAAGGACACAGCUGGAAAAGCAACAACUGAAGAUGAGAUUGCUGUCACAAGUGAAGAUGAAAUGAAGGAAGAAGCUGGUAAAGCCACCACAGCUGAAAAGGAAAAUGCAGCAAAAGAUCUGGCAGACACAACUGAACAUGAAUCUGACAAAGAGGAGUCUGUAGAAGCAGGGACAACUGAAGAUGCAGAGGAAACUGCUGCCAGCAGUGAAGAUGAUUCUGCAGAAGGCAUGGAUACCACCACAAAUGACGACAGAACUUCGGAGGACAAUGAUAACACAGCCAAAGCUAACAAACUGUCAAAAACAUCCGAAGCAGAAACAUGUGAAGAUGGAGAAGAACUUGUAGAAGAGCAUGAUAAUGUAGAAGCUGAUCCUGAAUCUACAAUAGAAGAAAGCUCCAAAGCUUUGAGUGAAAGUGAAUCAGAGGAGGAGAACAAUGAAUCGGCCACAGAUGAAAAUGAAUCAUUAAACGAUGCAACAACAGAGGCAAAUGAGACCACAGGAGAAGAGGAUACUUCAAAAGUUACAAAUGAUAGUGAAUCGGGGGAAGGGCAUUCGGAAGCCAAGCCUGAAAAUGAGACCGCAGAUGAAACUAUAGGAGAAGAAGAGACUGCAGAAGAGGAUAAAGUGGUUACAGAUGAAAAUGAGACUUUAAGUGAUGCAGAACAUGUUGAAGUGGCAUCAGCUGAAGAGUUACAUGAGACGGAACCGUCUGAAAAAAAUGCAGAAAGCAGUGCCACUGAAGAUUUUGUUAAAGAAGAAGAACAAGUUGAAGAAGAAGAAAUUGAAUCUCAUGACCAGGAACUAGUAGAAGAUGAAACAACUGGAGAGGAAUCUGUAGAGGCUGAAAAUGAAGGGGAGGAAUCUGCUGAAAAUGAAAGUGAAAGCGUGUCUGGACCAACAGGUGAAGAUUUCACAGAGGCUCCAACAACAGGAGAUGAGACUGAAGAACAUGAAACAGCAGAGGAAGGUUUGGGAGAAACUGAAUUGGCAGGGAAUGAAAUUACUGAAAGUGAUGGCGGAGAAAAAUCUGGAAAAGAAGGUGAAUCUGCAGGAGAGGAGGUUGGAAAAGCUCAAACAGGAAGGGAAGAAUCCCCAGAUAACACAGGGGAUGAAUCUUCACAAGACGACCAACAGCAACUAACUGGAGAAGAUGAAGAAGUUGUAGAUAAUGCUGACAGUGAGUCUGAGACUAAUCCUGAAAAAGACGAACAAACAUGUGAAGAAGGUGACAUGACUGAAGAGUAUGGAGAAGAUGCUUUAACUGAGACAAAUAAUGAAACAGAAGGCCCUGAUGAUGUGAUGGAGCUGAAGCCAGAUGAGGAUGAGGAUGUGGAAGAAAUAUCAGAAAACAAUCAAGAAAAGAGAGAAAACAAACCAGUGGAAGUUGUAAAUGAAGAUAAUGAUGGACAGAGAGAGACAAAUGUAACACAGUCUGAAUGUAUCAGCAAUGGUAAUGAUGAAGACAAUGUCAAAGCCACCGAAGAAGAGGAGGAGGAAACUGAACCACCCAAUGAAGACUGGAGUGGAAACCAGGGAGAUUCAGCUGAUGGAGAAGAUGAGGCAGAGGAAGAUUCAGAAGAACCAGAGGAAGAGACUGAUGAUGGAGAGCAAAGUUUUGCUCCAAACAAGACAGAUAAUCAAGAGGCCACUGACAGAGCAGCUGGGGAAACAACAUUAAUCCCGUUUGACACUUUGACGAAAGUGAAUGCAGAAUCUGAGGAUGGCGCUUAUGCUGAUGUUGAAGAUUCAGAGACUGAAAUAACAAACAGCCAAGAAGAAGUUACAAGCCUCAAGUCGAAGAGUUCGAAAAAGAUUUCAUCUUAAAUUGACUCUGACUCUGCAAAUGCUCAGGAGAACUGAUAGAGAGUGAGAUGCAGGGGUAUGAUAAGGAGUCUACUGUAGAAAAUAACAAGAAGACAGCAAAUAAUAUUGAUGCUACAAGAACAGAGCAGUCUGAAGUCAUUCUUGUCAUUUUAAGCCAUAAAAAUCAAGAAAGCAAAAGGAUUGAUCUAGAUUAUUGUCACUUCUAAUUUGAUUUUAAAUUCUUGUUAAACAAGCACUAAAGAAAUACAAACCGUUUUUUGUAGCAUUUCUAAUGUUGAGAUCAAACACAUGCACAAUUCCUGAUCAUACACUGGUAUGAAAAAGGAAGCUUAAGGAAACUCUUAAAAACUUGAAUGUAUAUACACAUUAUGGAUGAGGUUUGCAUAGUUUUAUAUAACUAAAUGGGGCUUUUAUUUUCAUGAACUAUGAAGCCAUAGAUUGUUUGUUACGUAGUUCCCACUCUGAGCCUCAGAAAGAACAUGAGUGUUCACUAAUGUUAAACUAUGCUUUGUGGCAGAAUCUGCGACUUCCAUUAAUGACAUAAAAAUGUCAUGCAAGCACAUAUAUACUGUAGAUUUUCUUCUAAUUACUGCAGUACAUUUACACCAUUUUUGCUGCUUAGCCUUUUUAUGCAGGGUUAAGUAGGUCUCUGAAUAUGUUUUAAUUAAUCAAGAGUAUUAUUUAAAGGCCAUUUGGUUCUGAUGUUAAAAUUUAAAAUAAUAGUUAUAUUAUUUUUGUAGUUAAUAUUGUACUUUCCUGGAAAGCCAGAAAAUACUGAUAGUAUAUUAUUUUGAGUAAUUAACUUACUGUUACUGUUCAUGACAAUAUUGUAGUGUGGAUAUAAAGGACUGGAUAAUGAUUAAAUUGGUGUGAACAUCUUCACAAUUCCAUCGGGUAACUGCAUUAUAGCUUUAAUUGAUUUCUAUAGCAGAUGAACAUGAACAUAUCUGGAAGGUAGCAAAAGUCAUGGCAGGGUUUUAUG